UGAAAAAGUGAAAAAGCAUAAUAGGACCCCUUUAAUACAGCCAGUGUUAUAUGGUGUAGAACAUUUUAGUAACCUACAUUUUUAUUUUGUGGUAUAAUUCCAAUAUGAGAUGUAAUUCUAGACCAUUACAGCAUACAUGAAAUAAAUAAUGCACCUGCUUCCUGACUCUGAAUAUUAUUUUCUCCAGCAGGAACUUCCGCUUCCCCUCAAGUUCAUUUUAAGACUCUUUAUUUGUUAUUUUAAGUUACCGUAAUAUUUGUAAGUCAUUGUUUUGCAUUUACACUUAAUUACCCUGACUCACCAGUUACACUAAGUGACAGUGAGCUGAUUAGUCCUGCAGGUGCCACAGGAAGUGUUUGUGUUAAUGCAUCUGUGUUGUCCAGCUGUGAAGGAUCCCAUGGUGGUGGAGAGGUCAAACCUCCUCAGCAUGAUGAAGCUCAGCAUUAAGGUUCUGAUCCAGUCCUCCCUCAGUCUCGGUCGCACGCUGGACUCUGAAUAUCCACCUCUGCAGCAGUUCUUUGUUGUUCUGGAGCACUGCCUAAAACAUGGGUUAAAAGUGAAGAAGACUUUCAUUGGUCAGAACAAGUCUAUCUGGGCUCCUCUGGAGUUGAUGGAGAAACUGUGCCCUGAGUCAGCUGACAUUUCCACCAGUGUGCGGGAUAUGCCUGGAAUCAAGACAGGCCUCGGGCGAGCUCGAGCAUGGCUGCAUCUGGCUCUAAUGCAGAAAAAAAUCGCAGACUACAUGAAAGAGCUUAUAAAUAGAAGAGACCUUCUUGGGGAGUUUUAUGAGCCCGGGGCUCUUAUAAUGGAGGAGGAGGGGGCUGUGGUUGUAGGGAUGCUGGUGGGUCUGAAUGUGAUCGAUGCCAAUCUGUGUGUGAAAGGAGAGGAUCUGGAUUCCCAGGUGGGCGUCCUUGACUUCUCAAUGUAUCUAAAGGAUCCUCAAGCAACUGAGACCACACAAGAUGAUUCAAAAAUGACAGCCAUUCUUGACCAGAAACACUACAUAGAAGAACUGAACCGGCAUCUGAGCUGCACAGUGACGGAUCUUCAGGCCAAGAUGGACUCGCUGGAGAAGACCAACAGCAAACUCAUCGAGAAGCUUACAGCAGCCACAGACAGAAUCAACGCUCUACGCGAAGAGCAGGAACAACUUAAACAAGAAAAUGCAAAUAUUCUCCAAACUAGUCAGAGGAAAGAGGAGGUGGGAGUUGCAAUAAAAAUGUUGUAUCAUGAAAACAAUCUGUAUGUAAUAAUUUUUAAACAUCUGCAUCCACUAUUCACUGGAAAAGUCGCUAGAAGAAUUUUGGAACAUCUAAAGCCAAGACCCUAAAAUGGCCAAACAUAGGCUGGGCUGUUGGUUUAUUACUAAUAAAUAACACAAUGCAGUAUUUUGUCAUUCCAAAAUAAUGUUACCUGC